AUGAGGAUCCUGGGGACCUGCCAUGGCAGCAGCCAGGUGGCCAGUUGCAGCAGCCUGCUCCUUGCGCACGCGCCGCGCGCGGCGCCAGCGGGGCCGCCGCCGCCGAGGGCCCCGAACGACCCCGAAUGCGCCGCGCAGCGCGCCGCACAGCGCGCAGCAAAGCCGACCACUGCAGCCCAGCACCAGGCUCACCACUCGUCUGUAAUCCCGCUCCACGAGCCCCGUGCCCUGGAUGCCUCUCCGUCCAGGUCCAAAUCAAGGCUGCUGCCGGACACAAGCUGCAGCCCCUGGCCCGGAGCACCUCCAGCGGCGCGCGCGCGGCAACGCAGGUGCGCGAGGGGCUGA